GAAAUCUUUAUUCUAUCCUCUCCUGUUGUGCCGAGGUCGGUUUUGUUUGUCUUGCUGGUAACAUCAGAGGUGAAUCUGUGAAGUUUGAUCUUUGUGACCACAUUUUAAAUUCUGCAGAGGAGUUUGUUGGUUUUGUGGUUGCACAACUCAGUAAUCCAAACAUGCUCAGAAGUCACAAGCAAAAACCAGAGGUAGAGUGUUGGCUCAGUUUACAGUGGAGUCUUCUUCCUUACAGUGUGUUUUAGUUUGGACAGGAGCUUCAGGAAACAUGCAGAAUGUUUUUCAGCUCCGUGUGGCUCUGCUGCUGGUUCUGUGGAUCUCCUUAAUUGUGCCACCGUGUCACUCUUCAGGAACAACCAAAUAAGGUCAGCCUGGAAGGUCACCAGCAGAUUCUUUAUCAGCUUUCGUUUCCUUCCUUACUUGCUUCUGGGCAAUCAGAUUAUGAUCGUCCACCGUAAAUUACACUCCAUGUUGCAAAACCGAAGCCAGUGAGUCUGAUCAGAGCCUGAAGGGUUGAAUCAACAUCCAGGUGAUCAGGAUGGUUCCCUUCUUCUUCAUUCACCUGCUACUGAUGGCUCUGCUGCUCCAACACACUGAAGAAAAGAAGGAACAGAGGAGACCGAAGCCACCGAAACAUGAUGAAGUGUUGCAUCAUCAAGAGUUUUGCUUGAGUAUUCCUGCAGCUCCUCAGUCGAUCGGUUUGCAUUUUGAACCCCCACAGCCUACAAAGCUGGCAUCCAAACCCAAACCAACUGGAGAUCCCAAUAGUCCCGAACUGGACAUACCCAGACAAGCAAAUCGACCUGAUAUUGGUAGCUUCCCAAUGACUGGUAAAGAAAACUAUCGAUCUUCUGGUGUUCCUGAAAGAGCACCAAUAAUCCCCUUCGGUCCUUUGCGGGGUCCAGUCUUGAGUAUUCCUGAAGCUCCUCCAGUCGGAUGUUACUGCAAUGAGAAAAACACGAAGCUGUUCACUAAGACCAACCAAGUCAGCAGUGUGACCGUACGCUAUCCCACUGAAACCUGCAGAUCAACUGAAAACAUUGAAAUUUUAGAAGACGGGACUUAUGUUUGUGUAAAGCAGUUCAACUUCUUUUUGGCUCAUUUUCUUCGGUCUCUGUCCAAACAAGUACCGGAGCAAAGGCCAACAGAAUCAGCUGAGAUCUCAUCUACCACACAUCAGAGCACAACUGCAGAGACAACCACCCCGACACACCUGGUAAAAGGAACCAAUGGGCCACCAGGCUUAAGUAUCAAUUAUGGACCGGCUCCAGGUGAAGAUCAAGACCAACUAGGAGAGGUACACCCUAAUGUUAACGGUCCAGGUGGAGGGAGCAUUGGUCCUGACAUCCCAGGGCCGCCUGGACUAUCUGGAUUUGAACCUCCCUUCCAACAACGUUGCAUUUGGUGCGAACCAACUGAAACGUGGAACAACUUUGACCUGAAGGACGUUCAGUUGGUGGAUUUGACACUGCAAUCAUCCUCCUGUCCUUCCUCCGUCUCUGUCACCCUGACUGAUGGACACUAUAUUUGUUUGGAUUCUUUCCACCGUGAUUUCCAGCAGCUUCUGGACAAGUUGGAAAUGAAAGAACCUUAGAUCUGGCGCAAAUACAUCAUCAUCAUUAAAUGUUAACUGUUAGGUUUAACACCUCAAUAUGUUCUUGUUGACAUGAAGUCUGUUCUGUGAUGUGAAGUUUUUCAAAAUGAACCUCGCCAGAUAAAGUCUAUGAGUCUUAUAUAGGAAGGAGGCUUUUUUUUAUUAGGUGUAAACUUAGGUCAUGUCUGUUUGAGACUCUUAUUGUGAAGUUAAAAAGGAAAACGUCCUGCUCUGCUGUGUUUUGAUUACACAUUCAUUGAUAGCUCUUGUUACAACAGCAUGGAUGAAGCCCCGUCUUUUAGGCAUUAGCUUCGCUGCAGAAUUAGACAAACCUAGUUACAGUGGACCUUAGUGGAACCUAUCUGUGGAUUUUUCUUUGGAACGUAACUCAAAAUUAUUAGCAGAACAUUGAGUCAAGGUUUCCACUGUACAUAUUCAUGCAUCUUAAGGUAUGUGUCGGGUUAAAACGACUAAAAUUGGCAGCUAUAUGUGUUUUAUGAAGUGGUUUCAGGUAUUCACACAUUCCAGCUAAUCAUGUGGCCCCUAACUCUUGUGAAUACUGACAGUCCACCGUCCUCAAACCUGGACUGAGUCAUGGUGCAUUGAUUACAAAUUCUUUGAAAAAACACUGUGUGAUCUGUGAAACCAUAAUUCUAUUCAUGUUAGCAGAUUUCUCCUUUUCUCCAAAUGUAGCUAAUUUCCUGCCUUGUUCUUACAAACCCACCAUCGUGUCUCAUCUCGCCUCAUGAGAGGAAUGUAUCUUCACAUCUUAGUUUCAAUGAAUCCACAUAAAAUAUGUAACAAUACAAUGACUUAAGGGUUUGUAGCUUCUGUCUUGGUUGUUUGUUGACCACUGUGUAGCUUAAUCAUUUUAUGAUUAAGUCAGGUUUUUUUUUUUUUCUUCAUAUUUCUCAAUUAUAUUAAAGAUAUUUCAGCCAAAC